GUACAAGAAAGUCGAAGAAAAAUUUUCCUCCUCCAUCUCGGCGCUCAACUCGUCAAAGCCAAAGUUCCGAAACUCCACCAGAUCCAAAUCCCUCAACCAUGGCAACCGAGGACAUUCAACCUCCUAUUAAAUCCACAACCAGGUUUUCUCCAAUUCCUAAAAAAUCCUCAACAACGAAGGUUUGUCAAGCUGAAGUUGCUGAACCCAGUGAAAAAGGAGGAAAAGGUUCUCCCUCUGUCGUUAAAUCUCCAAAGAAGUGCAAGAAGGUCCCUGCAAAAAAGCAAAAAGGCGAAAAAUGUCGUUCAUGUGCCUGAACCUGCUGCUGGUACUCCUUCUCUCACGAAAUCUGUAGGAGAGUCGUCUCCGAAUUCUGAUGCCGAUUUUGUUGAAAAGGAGAUUGCCAACUAUGUUGCUGAACCUGAGAAAUCAUACAGCAAACAUGCUGCGGACGAGGAACUCUCUCCUCCCGAGAAAGGAAAAGACGUUGAUGAGGUCGAGGGUGAUGGUCUAGACAGCCCUCUUACUGUUGGUAAUGCUUUCUCCCGUCAGUUUUAUUCUCCUUUCGCUGAAACUCGUUUUUCUACCAUCUUUUCUCAAAUGAAGUUCUGUCCUGAGCGGACGAUUGUUAGCGAACAUUAUGAACAACUUGGGUUGCUUGAACUUCUGAAGAAAGUGGGUCUUGAGGAUUCAGUCACGUCUGUUGGGAAGUAUUGUCCCCUGCUUGUUGGUGAAUUUUAUUCGAACCUGACUACCUCUGUAUCUUAUUCUUCCUCAAUGAAGUUUCAGAAGGUGUUCGUGCGUAAUGGUGUGAUUGAUUUCUCUCCGUCUGUGGUGAAUUCUAUACUUGGUUUAGCUGAAGGUUCCUCUCUUGGACCUCUGACUGAUGAUCUUGAUGAAGUUGAUCUCACCCUGAUCGGUGGACAACUAACCAUAUGUCUUGCUCCAGGAAUCUUUGUGAAAAGUCUAACUCCGCCUACCAAUGCUCUACAGAAGAUAGGAGCGUCGAACUGGACGCCCACCACUCACAAGCAGUUUGUUACCCCUACGCAAGAUCGUGUUAUCUACCGUGUUCUGAAUG